AGCGUAACCCAAUUCGUCAGCAGUUCCCAAUAAUAUAAAUAAAAUAACUAUUCCAGCUUUCCUUCCCGCGUUUUACAUAAAAAAAAAAUAACGAAAACAACUAACGUAUCACUAAUGAAAAAACCGGGAAAUUAUUUUGUUAUUUUUUCUCAUUAUUUUUGUUUGUAUUUAUUCAUUUUAAUUAUUUUAAAAUAAUUAAAUUAUAUUUAAUUGAGUGUAACAAAUAUAAGAUAUUAAUUUACCAUAUAAUUGUAAUAAGCUAUCAAUUAUACGGUAUAACCUAAAAUAAAAUGGAAGAGAGCCCAACAACAUCUCGAAGUAAACGACAAAAAAUUGAUAAAUCAGGUCGUAGUGCUGCUUUACAGAAAUUAAAAGAAUUGAAAGGAAGUAAAAAUAAAUAUAAAAUUGAAGAGCUUAAAAAUGUAUAUGAUCAAGUUGAUGAAAAAGAGUAUUCAAAAACCGUUGCUACUCGACAGGAAUCUGAUUGGAUUGUAGAUGAUGGUGGAAGUGGAUAUGUUGAAGACGGUAGAGAAAUUUUUGAUGAUGAUUUGGAUGAUGAAAGUAUUGAGAAAGCAUCAAAACAAAAUUUAGCUGGACCACGUAAACGAAAACGUGAUGAUGAAUCUAAAUCAAAAGGUUCUAUUGUAGACAUGUUCAAAAAUGUUAAAAAAAAUACAAUCGAAUCUGUUACAUCGGACAACGAUAAUCUUUUAGCUGAUUUACUUGAUGAGAUUAAAACAAAAAAAAAUCCAUCAUCAGAAUCAAAUAAAUCCUCAAUCAUAAAUAAAUUUAAAGUUAAACCAAAAUCUUCUCCAUCAUCACCAUUAUUACUAGAAAAUAAAUCAGAUAUUAUAAAAGAAAACUCAAAGGAUGAUAAUAACGAUGACGUCCAUUCACCACCAACUAAAAAAAUUAAUAUCGAUGUAAAUUCAACAUCUGAACAAGAUAAACAAUUGAAUAAAGUUCAACUAAUUAAAUCUGAACCACAACAACAACAACAACAACAACAACAGUUAUUGUCAAGUAAUAAAAUUGAUAAAGUUCCUGAGGUAAUAGACGAUGUUAAUUUAUUUGAUAAUUAUUUUGAUGAGCCAUUCGACGAUAUAAUUGAUAAUACUAAUAAUUCGGUUGCUACAACAACAUCUAAAUUACCUUGUAAAAAUACAAAUAAUGUUAAUAAUGAUGAUGAUGAUGAUGAUGACUUUGAUGCAAUUAUUGGAUCAAUAGAUGAAAAAAAUCUUUGUAAUAAUGAUAAUAAAAAUCGUCCUAAAUUAGAAGAUGAUGAUUUUAAUAAAGUUAUUGAAACUUUAGAUAAAAAUUCAUUAUGGUCUGAAUGGGAUGGCGAAACAACAGAAACAACUAAAACAGAUGCAGAAGAUACAAUACAUGAAAAUUUAUCAUUAUAUACUGGUUAUAAUUUAUUAAAAGCUGAAAUUUCAGGUGAUGAUAUUGUUAAAUUUUUUUGGUGGGACGCUAUGGAAAAUCCAUAUAAAAAUCCAGGUGUUGUCAAUUUAUUUGGUAAAAUUUAUAUUGAAUCUUUGGAUCGUUAUGAAUCAUGUUGUUUAUCUGUUAAAAAUAUUCCACGUAGAAUUUAUAUUUUACCUAAAGAAAAAAUAAUAGAUAAUGAUACUGGAAUUGAAAGAUUAACAACUAUGAAAGAUGUAUAUAAUGAAUUUAAAAAUCUUGCUGAUAAUAAUAAAAUAUAUGAAUUUCGUAGUUCAACAACAACAAAAUAUUAUGCUUUUAAUCAUGAAAAUACACCAUUACAAUCAGAAUAUCUUGAGGUAAGAUACUCAUCAUCAUAUCCGAAAUUAGAUUCAAAUUAUAGUGGUAAUGCUAUUGAACAUAUAUUUGGUACAACUGUUAAUCCUUUAGAACUUUUAUUAAUUGAAAGACAAAUAAAAGGACCAUGUUGGCUUGAUAUUAAAUUACCAAUUCCUAUUGAAAAUACUUUAACUUGGUCAAAGUAUCAAUUAAAUUGUUUUAAAAUGGAAAAUAUAACUGUUUCUAAUAAUAACAAUGAUAUUGAUAAUGAUAAUAAUGGACGAUUUAAAAAAAUACCACCAAUGGUUAUAAUGGCUAUUGAUGUAAGAACAACAUUAAAUUAUAAAAAUAAUAAUACUGAAAUAACAGUUAUUGGUAUAUUAAUAAAUGAUAAUUAUAAUAUUGAUAAACCAUCACCUAAAAUAAUGUUUAAUAAACAUUAUUGUAUAAUAACUCAUCCUAAAGAUACAAAUUGGCCAUUAUAUGCUCGUGAUAAAUUAAAUAAUAUUGAUAAAACAAAUGUUAUUAUUUGUGAUACUGAAACAGAUGUAUUAGAAAAUUUUUUAAAUAUUAUUUGUGAUACAGAUCCUGAUUUAUUAAUAGGAUAUGAUUGUGGUUUUCAAUUUGAUAUUAUUUAUCGUCGAUUAAUAGCAUUAAAUAUUAAAAAUUUAAAUAAAAUUGGUAAACUUAAACAAAAUAUUGCUGGACAAUUUUAUGGUGGUAAUAAUAAUAAUAAUAAUAAUUCAAAAUUACAUUUACCAUCAUUAUUUAAUGGUCGUCCAAUAUGUGAUAUUGUUGUAUCAGUUAAAGAAUUAAAUAUUAAAAUUCGUAGUUAUGAUCUUGACAGUAUAUGUAAUGCUGUUUUAAAAACAAAAGAAAAUACAAUAAAAGAAAUAAAACCAAUUGAAUGCCCAAAAUUUUACGAAACAACAGAUAAAAUAAAAACACUUAUUAAAAUAACAAUGUCUGAAGCAUUAUAUAUAUUAAAAUUAAUGUUUGAAUUAAAUAUAAUACCAUUAUCACUUCAAAUAACAUGUAUUGCUGGUAAUGUAUUAUCUAAAACAUUAAUUGGUGGUCGUGCUGAAAGAAAUGAAUAUUUAUUACUUCAUGCAUUUUCAAAUAAAGGUUAUAUAACACCUGAUAAACCUAAACCAAUAAUAAAUAAAAUUAAAAAAAAUAGUUAUACUUAUAAACAAAAAAAAAAAAGUACAUAUACUGGUGGUCUUGUAUUAGAACCAAAACGUGGAUUUUAUGAUAAAUUAAUAUUAUUAAUGGAUUUUAAUUCAUUAUAUCCUAGUAUUAUUCAAGAAUAUAAUAUUUGUUUUACAACAUUACCAGGUGUUUGUUAUAAUGAUUUUAAAGAUAUUGAGUUACCAAAACAAGAUUUAGAUAUUGGAAUAAUACCAACAGAAAUACGUAAACUUGUUGAAAGUCGUCGUCAAGUUAAAAAUUUAAUGAAACAACAUAAUUUAACAAAUGAAUUAAAAAUUCAAUAUAAUAUUCGUCAAUUGGCAUUAAAAUUAACAGCUAAUUCAAUGUAUGGAUGUCUUGGUGCUGAACAUUGUCGUUUUUAUGCUAAAAAUUUAGCUGAAAUAAUAACAUUAAAAGGACGUGAAAUACUUGAAGAUACUAAAAAAAUUGUUGAAAAUUUUAAUUAUGAUGUUAUAUAUGGUGAUACUGAUUCAUUAAUGAUAAAUACUAAUUGUUUAAAUUAUGAUAAAGCAUAUGAUAUUGCUAAAUAUAUUAAAAAUAAUGUUAAUAAACAUUAUAAAAUGCUUGAACUUGAUAUUGAUGGUAUAUUUAAAUAUUUAUUAUUAUAUCAAAAAAAAAAAUAUGCUGCUGUUAUUAUAAAUAAAUUAUCAAACGGUGAAAUUCAAUUAAAUACUGAAUACAAAGGAUUAGAUAUUGUUAGACGUGAUUGGUGUCAAUUAGCUUGUGAUCAAGGUCGUAUAAUAUUAGAUAUUCUUUUUUCAGAUAAUUUUACUGAAGAAAUUAAAUAUAAUAAAAUUAGUUCAACUCUUGAGGAUAUAUCAUACAAAGUAUAUAAUAAUAAAUUUCCACUUGAAUCAUUUAUUAUAACAAAACAACUUUCGAAAAAUCCAAAUGAUUAUCAAAAUAAUAAUAACAACAACAGUAAACAACAACAACCUCAUGUUGAUAUUGCUAUAAGAAUGAAUAAAACUGGUGGACGUAUGUGGAAAGCUGGUGAUACUAUUUCAUAUUUAAUAUGUAAUGAUGGUACUAAUAAUCAACCAAAUCAACGAGCAUAUCAUAUUCAUGAAUUUAAAAAUAAUAAUAAUUUAUCAAUUGAUUGUAUUUAUUAUUUACGUCAUCAAAUUUAUCCUGUUGUAUCACGUAUUUGUGAACCCGUUGAUAUGAUAACUGAAAUAUUAAUAAUUAAAAAUUUAGGUUUACAAGAUGUUUGUACGAGAGCAAAUAUGUUUAAACCAAUUUCAAUAGAUAAGUUAAAUCUUGAUAAUAAUAAAUCAAUUGAAAAUAAUGAUCCAUUAUAUAAAAAUUGUGAACCGUUUAAAUUAAGUUGUAUUAAAUGUAAUACAACUAUUGAAAUUAAAAAAUUUUUAUAUAAUUUUUCACAAGGCUCUAAACCAUCAUUAUAUCAAUGUAUUAAUCCAAAUUGUAAUUAUCCUCUUUGGAAAAAUUCAAAUAUAAUAUAUAGUGCUGUAUUUAAAAAUAUUAAAACAGUUGUUCAACGAUAUUAUAGACAAAAUUUUAUUUGUAAUAAUUCAAAGUGUAAAAAAAUUCAGAGAAAAAUAUUAAUCAGCGGACGAGUUCAAUUACCAUUGUGUAUUUAUUGUGGCCGUAGUUAUUUAAUUAAAACUUAUACGGAUAGAGAAUGUUGGAACCAAAUUAAUUUUUAUCGUUAUAUUUUUGAUUCAACACAAAUUGACAAUAAUAAUUUAACAACAAUCGUUGAAUCAAAUUCACAUGAAAUGCUUGAUGUUUAUAAAACAGCUAAAGAAAUAAUUGAAUCUUAUUUAAUCAGAAGUCGUUUUUCUCUUGUAAGUCAUAAAAUAUUUAAUUUUGCGAGAAAAAGAAAAAACAAUAAUCAUUACAAACAUGAACCUAAAAAUAAUGUUGACAUGACAUUUGAUGAUGAUGAUGAUGAUGAUGAUGAUAAAUCAAAAGAUAACAAUACUUUGAAUUUCAUGUCACAAGAAAUACUUUUACCAAACAAAGAAAAUGAUGAAAUCAGUAAAGUUGUAAUUUGGGAAGCUGCAAACAGUGAACAAUCUACCACUAAAUAUAUGCAAAAAGGAAAUACGAAAUGAAAAAAAACUAAAAUAAUAAUAACAAUAAUUUUAUACAAUAAACACUCUUUUUUAUUAUUUUUUUAAUUAAUAAAAUAUAUCAAUCAACGCUUUUCUUUUUUUCUUUAUUUUAUUGUUUAAUAUAUAAGAGUAUGUAAUUAUUAUUAAUAAGCAUACUAUAAUUAUAAUCAAUAAUCAUCAUAUUACAUGUAUUAUUUUUAAUUUUGUAAUAAAUAUUUCA